AUAAACAAAAAAAAAGCAACAAAAGAAAAACAGGACUUCACCCAACCUUCCUUCACAGGGUGGUGUUACGUGUGUGUUUGUGUGCUGCGUACACGUGUUUGUAGUGUUGUGUUUGUGUGCGGCCACAAUGGCGCCCAAGUUCCGUGAAGGUGAUCCGUCGACGCCUCUACUGCUCGACUGCAACAAUAACAACAACAGCAACAACGGCAAGACCGGAAAUGGUAGUAUCGUGCACCUUGACGACCCUGAUCCGGUCAGCUCCCGGAAGUUAGACAACCCAACCACGAACCUAGACACACUGAUGCAUAUGCUGAAUGGUAACCUCGGCACCGGUAUCCUGGCGAUGCCGGAUGCGUUUAAGAAUGCCGGCCUAUAUGUUGGCUUUUUCGGCACCCUAGCGAUGGGCGUAAUUUGCACGCACUGUAUGCAUCUGCUGGUGCGCUGUUCGCACGUACUGUGCCGUCGAUAUGGUAGGUCUGCGCUUUCAUACGCCGAGGUUGGAUACUACGCGCUUGAUUCCGGUCCAACCUGGGCUCAACCACUGGCUGGUGCCUUCCGGACGCUCAUCAACACCUUCCUCGUCGUGAUGCAGCUUGGGCUGUGCUGUGUCUACUACCUCUUCGUAGCCGUCAACCUCCGCGAGUUGCUGGCGUACGCCGACAUCCACGUGUCGGUGUUGACGGUACUCGGAUAUCUGCUUGGACCGCUCAUCCUGCUCAACAUGGUUCGGAGCCUGAAGCUGCUGACACCGACCUCACUGACUGCGUCGGUGUUGGCGAUCGCAGGCCUUGCGAUCGCGUUCCUCUUCCUGCUGCAGGAUCUGCCGCAUAGUACGACGGUUCAGCCAGCCUCUACAUGGUCAACGCUGCCACUCUACUUCGGUACCGUGAUGUACGCAUUCGAGGGUAUCGGCGUUGUGCUACCACUGGAGAACAAUAUGGCGAACCCGCGGGACUUUAUCGCCUGGAAUGGUGUGCUCAACACCGGCAUGACGAUCGUCGUUUGUCUCUACUCCGCUGUCGGUUUCUACGGCUACCUGAAGUACGGUGAACAGGCACAGGGUAGUGUCACGCUCAACCUUCCCACCGAUCAUCUACUCGCCCAACUCGUACGACUCCUGAUGGCCGUAGCCGUGAUGGCUUCUUACGCGCUACAGUUCUACGUCCCGAUGACCAUCCUGACACCACCCAUCACCCGCCACUGCCGGCAUCCCCGAUGCGCCGAGUACGGGCUCCGUCUCGCCACCGUCCUGCUGACGUUCGUGCUAGCCGCCAUCAUCCCGAAUCUCGGCACCUUCAUCUCACUGGUCGGUGCCGUCUCGACGUCAACGUUGGCGCUCGUUUUCCCACCACUGAUCGAUCUGCUCACCCGCUGGCCACAAACCGAUCGGCCAGGGCGUGCCUGGACCCUGCUAAAGGACGCCCUCAUCAUCGCAUUCGGUGCGUGUGGGUUCUUCUUCGGCACCGCGAAGAGUCUCGCGGUCAUCUUCGAUGCGCCACCACACUAAAACCCUUUUUGCAGCCUGGGUUUUGGUUGGGCUUCGGCGUGGGCGCCUGGCGUUCGCUCAUUGCCAGCAGGAAUAAAUGUCCCCCACGGGAUGGG